AUGGAAUGCAAACCGAAUACCUGUGGUGCAAAUGCGAAAUGUUUCGUUGCGUAUCAUCAAAUCAACUGCGCGUGCUUACCGGGAUAUUCAGGCGAUCCAUGGAAAGGAUGUGGGAAGAAGAUGGCACGGGCAUGCAUAGGUGGCGAUCCCCACUAUUUGACAUUCGAUGGACAGAAAUAUGAUUACCAGGGAACGUGUCCGCAUGUUUUCGUUGAGCCGUGC